GGCUUUUUGUUUUGUUCAAGGAUCGAUUGUGUUAUCAGUGAUAUUUCACCACAGUACUCGUUAUUCCAAUUGCACUGAGCGGGAGAGAGUAUCGUUCAAGGCAUUGUUCUACUAAGCAUCCCGAUAUCAGCUGACACUUCAGGGACUACCGAACUCUACAUUACGAAGUUUGAAUAUCUGUGGAGAAAAGAUUGGGACUCAAGGAAGGAGCCUACAAUGAAGGAUAAAGACGUGCAGAGCUCCCCGUCAGACUCUGUGACAACGAUAACGAACAAUACGCUGAGUCUGACGAGCUCCAACAACUCAUCGCUUCGUUCAUAUACGUCAUCAUUGGCCGAUUCCACAAUGACUUCGAAGUCCAACAGGUCUAUAGGAGCAAAGUUCAAGAGGGCAUUGACGAGGAAAAGAGCAGAGUCUUUGAAGUCUCCCACUAGUUUAUCGUUUGGCGAACAGCAGCAGCAGCAGCAGCAACACCAACAUCAGCAAUCGCAGUCGCAAUCGCCCCAGGUAUCGGCCCAGAGAUCCAAAUCUCUGAGAAACAGAAGCCUGAGCUCCUUGCUUCCUCCGUCUUUGAUGACAUCGAGCCAGAACUCCACGAGAGACAACUCCAUAGCGUCCUUAUCGGAUUUUGAGAUGGACUCUAGCCUACCACCUAGUCCACUACAGAAGAUUGAUGAGAACUCCAAAGGUGUAUUCCCGAGCCAUGUGGAGAACGUUAGAAAGCAGAGGUUGCUGGUUACCACUACGAAGAUCUCAGAUGAGAAAUUGUUUGAUCACAUUGCAGAUGAUAUCCUUUCGAAAGUUGCUCACGAAGACUCUGUUAUUGAAUGGAGAAUAUGAACUGUUCCAUGACUCCUGUUACGACUAUAUGACUUUUAACCAUGUGCUAUUUUGCUAUUAUUCCCUUACACCACUAUGCUGUUUUGAUACACCUACGCAAGAGCUGGACUCUUGUUUCUUAUCUUUGCUACACUGAACCACAGUAACUCGAAACAGAGUUAUAUUGUUAUAGAAUAGAAAUCGGUCAAUAGUCAAUGCUUAUAAGAAGU